GGCACGGGCACCUCCCCGCCGCCGGGGCUGGGGGUGGGGGCUGAGAGGCGGCGGCGGCGGCCGCAGCCCCAGCCGCAGCAUGUGCCGGCCGGCCCCGGCCCCGCGGCUGCCCCGCGGCGGCCGCCGAGGGCAGAGCGGCGGCAGCUGGCGGCCUGGAUGGAGGCGGCCCCGUGCCGCUGGCCCGCCGGGCGGCCCGGCUGCCCGCGGCGGUGGCGCCGGCCGCUGCGCGGGCGGCGGUGGGCGCUGGCGGCCGGGCUGCUGGGCGCCGCCGCCGCCUUCGCCGUCUACGCCUGCCUGCCGGAGCCGGCGGCGGCGGCGGCAGCGGGAGGCCGGGCCGGCGGCGAGGUGACCGUGCUGCUGUGGUGGGAGCCCUUCGGCCGCCCGCGGCGCAUGGGCGACUGCCGGCGGCGCUACAACAUCACCGGCUGCCGCCUCAGCGCCGACCGGAGCCGCUACGGCGAGGCGCAGGCGGUGCUCUUCCACCACCGCGACCUGGCGCUGCACGGCGCUGAGGGGCUGCCCCGCGGGCCCCCGCCGCGGCCCCCGCGGCAGCUCUGGGUGUGGAUGAACUUCGAGUCGCCCUCGCACUCGCCCGGCUUGCGGGGGCUGGCCGGCCUCUUCAACUGGACCAUGUCCUACCGGCGGGACUCGGACGUCUUCGUGCCCUACGGGUACCUCUACGCCCUGCCGGCGCCCCGGCCCUUCGUCCUGCCCCGCAAGACGCGGCUGGUGGCCUGGGUCAUCAGCAACUGGAACGAGGAGCACGCCCGGGUGCGCUACUACCGCCAGCUGAAGGAGCACCUCGCCAUCGACGUGUACGGGGCGCGGGGGCUGGCGCUGGCCGAGGGCGGCGUGGUGGAGACCGUCUCGGCCUACAAGUUCUACCUGGCCUUCGAGAACUCCCAGCACACUGACUACAUCACUGAGAAACUCUGGAGAAACGCCUUCGCCGCCAGCGCCGUGCCCAUCGUCCUCGGACCCCGCAGGGCCAACUAUGAGCGCUUCAUCCCCCCCGACUCCUUCAUCCACGUUGACGACUUCCCCAGUCCCCGGCUGCUCGCCACCUACCUGAAAUUCCUCGAUAAAAACAAACCCAGCUACAGGAGGUAUUUUGCCUGGAGGAAGAAGUACGAGGUCCACGUCACCUCAUUCUGGGACGAGCAUUUCUGCAAAGUUUGCGAGGCCGUGAGGACAGCCGGGAAUCAAAUCAAGACUGUACGAAAUCUGGCCAGCUGGUUUGAAAGCUGA